AUAUUGCAACAUUAUAUAAUCCCGUGUAAUACAUGUGAACUAUAUGAUUAAUUAAAAUGAAUUAUAUCCGACUGUUCUUGUUGAUUGGAGUGUGCACCGGAACCAUGGACGAGAUCAAAGAGAAGCUGCUGACACAGCUGAGGAGCUUUUAUGAUUUCGCACUUGGCACCGAAAUUGAUUAUCAGAGCAAUAUGCAUCUGGUGGUCACUUACUUCUUGCACGUAGACAACAGCAACAAGCAUAAGUUGGAUGAGUUUUAUGGUGUUCGGGAAACUGUAUACAACAAAUCUAUCCCUACGAUCCUAAUCAUCCACGGGUACACGGAUAGCAAAGAACGCGAGGUGUUCAAGCACCUAAGGCAAAUGUUCGCCGCCAACGUGGAGGCUAAUUUAAUCGUGGUGGAUUGGAGCCGCGCGGCUAAGCAAAUCUACUUUACUGCCAUGAGCAAUACUUACCAAGUUGGAAAGGAGAUCGCCCGGUUUCUGUUGGACCUCGAUACAGACUUAUCCAUGGUCCACUUGAUUGGGCACAGUCUAGGUGCUCACGUCGCGGGAAUCGCGGGAGAUUGUCUAGAUGGAAAAAUCGGAAGAAUAACAGGCUUGGAUCCGGCUGGUCCUGGCUACGAAUUCUUGGGCGAAGUGAACAACUCUUUAUCCUUGGAUUCGGGUGAUGCGAACUUCGUGGACGUCAUCCACACGGCCUCGUGGUUCUUUGGCGUCUUGAAGCCAAUAGGACACGCGGACUUCUAUCCCAACGGAGGGGCCAUCCCUCAGCCCGGAUGCGAUAACAUUAUAGUAACAGUGACGUGCAGCCACUUACGGUCCAUUCUCUACUUCACCGAGUCUAUUACCAGCACCGGUUUCAAAUCGAAGAGGUGUCCGGGUCUGGAGUGGUCCGACUGCACCAGGAAUAAUCACCUGGUACCGAUGGGUUACCACGCGCCGAAAAGUUCAAGGGGAAUUUAUUAUGUGCAGUGCAAAGAUAGCGCGCCGUUCGCCAUGAAUGGGAAGUUCCACAAGUUGCUUUGAACAAUCGGGACCGCUUUCCGUGUGCGUGCCACAAUUAUUUUCCUUCAUUUUCUUUUUGUUAUUGUCCUGCUCUUUCAUAUAAAUAAAUAAUUAAAUACA